AUGCUGAUUAGGGCUAUGCGCACAGCUAUUAACACAGCCUCGGGUUACCCACCGGCGGGACCCCGACCUUUAAGUAGAGAUACCUGCACGUGCACAGGAGCUGAGUUCCCAUGCAACUCCAACCAUUGGAACUCACCCAACUUCGCCGUCACCACCACCCCAUCCCCUUUCCUUGCUUUUCCGUCUGCCCCAGCCCAACAUAUCCUUUACACUGAUGAGUUUGACGCCAUCCUUAAACGGCCGUUGGCCCGGCAUGCCAAGCGACGACACCAAAUUGAGAUGGUAGGUGAUACCCCCACCCCCUGCAUCUGGUUACCCACCCUGCCCCCCUAG